GGAGGAGCAGCCUCGGCUCCAAUCUCGGUGGUGGCGGCCCGGCUCCGGGUCCGGCUCGGGCCUCGGCAGGAGGGAAGAGCGAGCCCGCUGCGGGCAAGAAGGCACUUGAAGGAAGAGCAAGAGGAGGAGGAAGAUGUUUGACUGGGGCCUCCUAAAGAUGAAGGCCAUCGAGCCCUAUCAGGAAAUCCUGGAAGUAUAUUUAAUCAAUGCCAAGAACUAUGUCAAUGGACACUGCACCAAAUAUGAACCGUGGCAGCUGAUUGCGUGGAGUGUGCUGUGGACCUUGCUGAUGGUGUGGCUCUACGGUUUUGUCUUCCAGUCUGAGAGCUUGUUUUCAAGGGCCAAAAAGAAGUUUUUUAGAAUCAUUAGAAGAGUCCCUAUUAUCGGUACUAAGAUCAGAGAGAGAUUGAACAAGGCCAGGGAAGACAUCGUCAAGAAUCUGUCAUUCCUGAAAGUGGACAAGGAGUAUGUGAAAAACCUGCCAGCUGAAGGUUUAAGCACAUCUGACAUUCUGGAGAGGCUCAAGGACUACAGUGCCCUGGGAAAUUCACACUGGCAAGAUGGGAAAGUCUCUGGGACAGUGUACAGCGGUGAUGAAAAACUCACUGAACUUCUUGUAAAGGUUUAUGGGGAUUUUGCAUGGAGCAAUCCGUUACAUCCAGAAGUCUUUCCGGGGGUUCGGAAGAUGGAGGCGGAGAUUGUGAGGAUAGUCUGCACCCUCUUUAAUGGUGGACCAGAGUCUUGUGGCUGCAUGACUUCAGGGGGGACAGAGAGCAUCCUGAUGGCCUGCAAAGCCUAUCGAGACCUAGCCUAUGAAAAGGGCAUCAAAUCUCCAGAAAUUGUGGCCCCUGUCAGCGUCCACGCUGCCUUCGAGAAGGCAGCACAUUAUUUUGGGAUGAAGCUGGUACGCGUCCCACUGAAUAAGAAGAUGGAGGUGGAUGUCAAGGCAAUGAGAAGAGCCAUUUCCAGAAACACUGCCAUGCUUGUCUGUUCAGCGCCUCAGUACCCCCAUGGGGUGAUAGAUCCCAUCCCUGAAGUAGCCAAGCUGGCUGUCAAGUAUAAAAUUCCUUUCCACGUAGAUGCCUGUUUGGGGGGCUUCCUCAUCGCCUUCAUGCAACAAGCAGGAUACCCUCUGGAUCAGCUCUUUGAUUUCCGGGUAAAAGGCGUGACUAGCAUUUCAGCAGAUACUCAUAAGUAUGGGUAUGCUCCCAAAGGCUCGUCUGUGCUGCUGUACAGCAGCAAGGAGUAUCGACGCUACCAGUUCUUCAUCUCCCCUGACUGGCAGGGAGGGAUCUACGCUUCUCCCAACGUAGCAGGAUCGCGGCCUGGCGGCAUCAUUGCAGCCUGCUGGGCCACCUUGAUGCACAUGGGCGAAAAUGGCUACGUGGAGGCCACCAAGAGUAUCAUCAGAACCGCGCGCUUCCUCAAGUCAGAGCUAGAAAAAAUCAAAGGCAUCUUUGUUUUUGGGAACCCUCAGGUGUCAGUCAUUGCCUUGGGCUCUCAUGACUUUGACAUUUUUCGACUCUCUAAUCUCCUGACUGCCAAGGGUUGGAACUUGAAUAUUUUGCAAUUCCCAUCAAGCAUCCACAUCUGCAUCACCCUGCUUCACACCCGUCCCAAGGUGUCCAUGCUGUUUCUGAAGGAUGUCCGGGAGUCUGUCACGCAGAUCAUGAAGAACCCUAAAGCCAGGACAACAGGCAUGGGUGCCAUUUAUGGGAUGUCCCAGACUGUCCCUGACAGGAAGAUGGUAGCAGAAUUGACAGAAGCCUUUUUGGACAGUCUUUUCACCACAGAGCCGUGUCAGGGCAGUCAAAAGAAUGGUUCCCCCAAAUCUCACUGAUCCUGUGCCCGGGGAUGCCUUGUCCAUGGUCCUGGGCUGACCCUCAGAGGAGCGGGCCGCUCUGCACCACGGCUGUUGUUCACAUUCCACUUCAAGAGCAACUUCAAGACAUCUGGAUUUGAGGGAGUCUUCUCUCCGAGCCUCCAGGGUUGCUUUUAAUCUGGAGAUAACCGAAAGAUUUCCUCACGUAGUGAUCUUGUCCCAGUUUUCAUCCCUCCCAAGGCAUUUUGUUAGCCUUUUCACUCGUAAUUACUGUGUGGCUUUUCUGACCUCUCCUGGUUCCUUAGGAAGCGAGGGUGUGGCUCUGGAGCAGCCUCCACUAGUCUCUCUUUGUCAUCCUCAGUGGAGGUCUGUCUGUCUUAAGUAGGAACCUUCACCCGCCUUCCUCGGAGCUAGCACCAGGAGUAGGCAGCUGGACCCACUUGUGACGAUCAUGGCGGAUUACUUUUUAUUUAGUAGGAGGCCGGCCGGCUGGAACCAUUGUUCUGGAGGGAUAAGGUUGGAUCGGUCAGUUUCUUCCCACACAAAGUGGCUCAGCUCAGUCCUGCCAUCCCUCCAAAGGGAAGACUGGACUGGACUUAGCCAUUUCUACAUCAAAAAUCCCUUUUGGUUCUGUUUUUUGCCCUUAUUCCUGGGACUGCUACUCAUGGUCCUUUUCCUCCCAUGGGUUCCGGUCCUCCAUGGGUUGGAUAAAGAAAAUGCUCACCAAGGUACCCUGGCGUCUCUGUCCCUGGAGUUUCUUUUCUGAACUGGAGAUGGUCUAUUACCCCCCUAAGCCCCCACCCCCUCCAAGAUCUGGCUGCAAUCAGAAGCUAGACUCCACUGUAUUGGAGUGAGAUGGGGACCCAAGCUGGGGAUGGCACUGGAAUUUGUUCUCUGUUCCUACCUUUGUCUUUUUUUCUUCAAGCCAUUCUGUAGCAUAAAACUGGUAAAUGAGCUGUGAUCCUGGCUACUUGAAGGCACAUUUUAAAGGGCAUUCACCAAUUUGCCUUGACUUUUUCCUGGCUGUUUUUGAGGAGGAUGUGGGAUCCCCAUUACAGGCCUGGUCAGUGCCCCAAACCUUGCUCCAGUCCCCAUGGUCCUUAUGGCAGGUGAGCCUCAGGCUUUCUCUUUCAUCUCUAGCUAAAAGGGAGCAGGCUCUGGGCAACAUCUUUAUUAGAAAUACGGGGCCUCAUGGGGACUGCAGUCUGUCCUGGUCCUUGCAAUUCCUUGGUAGACUGGUAUCUCAGGUGGCGUGGGGCGAGUAUGCAGAUCCUGCAUCCGCUCUCCGCUCUCACUCUCUUUAGUGCCCUGCUCUGCCGGAGCUGCCCUGCUUUCUGAUUUUUUACUAGCGUGCCUUUCUCUGCCAUAGGAAGCAGCCACUCCAGACCCCGGGUGUUGGUGAAAUGUACCCACUGACUUCUUUUAAUACCAACCCUGGGCAUGGGAAUUCUUAUGACAAAGCCACAUGACAUUUUCCUGGGGGGCCAUUCCCUUCUUCAGGGAUCCUUAUCCCCUGGCACAAGCUUGGCAGAUCCUAUGACCUCUGUGCUGUGAAUUUGUACUUCCACAUGCUAGUGGGGAAGGAGAGUCACAUCUUUGUCUUGCUUAUUUCGCGUACCAGAGGAAUGGAACUGCCAGCUGUUGUGAGUUAUGUGGCGGUAUGAUAUGGCUGACUCCUGUUGUUUGUUCUUCCCUGUUUCCUGUACAUUUUGCCCCAAGGGAUUUGGAGGAAGGGGAGAAGUCCCUUGGAGCUGAGAAUCACACGCUUCAUUUUCUUCAUCAACCGUCCCUGUGACCCAUUUAAUUACUCUGUGUAAGGCGCCGCUUUGUGAUGGUGCCAACGGUCUGGAAAUUACAGGAACUGUCCUUGGGUCUCAGGUGUUCUGGGGGAUCCAGGGCCCCGGGAGCAGGCAGCAGGCAUCCCUCCUCUGCCUUUGGUGGCCAGGAUGCAGAGGCGGAGCAGACCACGCCCCCAUGGCUCUGAGAGCCCCACUAGUUGUCAGUCCUGACACAGCCUUAAUUCCAGGUUUCGUUCUUUUUUCAAGUCUCUUCCCUUCUCUCUUCCAACUGCUAUGUAAUUGUACUGUGAUGGUGUGUGUGAGCUGGUCAGCGGCCAGGGCGAGUUGAGUGGCUCUGCCCUUGGUUCACUCUCUCAUUUCUCCUUUCUCUGGCUCGUAGAGAAGUAGCUGUGUGAGCCAUGGACUGUCAACUCACUCUUAAUACUGUUUUCAGCCUCAUAAUCUGAAAAUUGAUGGUACUUUCCCCUAUUACCCUCCCCGCUUCUCCUCUCUGACCUCGCUGCCAAGCUGCAGUAGUAACCUUGAAAAACAAUUAAACUUCUAAAACCUUCA